UUGCACUGUAAAGCGGAAGGCUGCCAAGGUGGGGAGCGAAAUGCUCUCUUCGCCGAAUACGAGGUACAGGUAUCUUGGAUGUACGCAUCGAUUCACUCAACGGCAUGAUUUGUACAGGAUGUCCGAUUUUAGAGCCUCAGGCGCUCGAUAAUCCACGUUCCUGGUGCAAUUGCCCCAUGGAGUGCAGUUUCACCCGACUCCAUGGAUCUGAGAAACAUUUGACAGUUCCUUACAAGUAAGAGUGCCUGUCUGUUAAAAGUAUUCGCAUGAAAGCAUGCGAAAUUCUGUGGUGUUCACACGAGCAGUUUUGUUCGAGCCUCAUCAUAUCUUGGAGGGAUUCAAGUAUCAGUGCAGCAGUAUUAAUUCCGCGGUGUUGAGGGCGCUCUUCAAACUCUAGCAACACGAAGUGAAAAGUCCAUCGGAACAUUUCACCCCCAGCAGUUCUUUAUCUGCGACCGGGGCACGAAAUGCAUUGUCAUUUUAACUCCAACACGAGCAAAAGAGAGGGAAAAAAGAUGGCUGCCCAGGGGUGCCUCUCAACCCCAUGACCAUGAUGCUCCGGGCAGGCCGGUGUGAACGAGCCUCUUCGAUUAUGCUGGCAAUGAGGAUCUUCGAAUGACGCCCAAAGGCCACCAUAAACUUGCUGAUCAGCCACGGCUGAUGUCACAGUGCCGAUAACAUCGUCAGCAGAGGAAACCGCACCACGAGAUCCUAGGGACCCUGGAACGUCAGAAAGCACACUGCAGGUGAGGCCUGUCAAAUUUUGGGUUCUGGUCAUCGGUCAUCGGUCAACCCCAUGACGGUAUCGUCAGAUUGAAUCACUCGUCGAGGGUGUGCAUGCAGCCUCAGGCUGCCGGCUGAUCGGCAAAGGCAAUGUCGACACAGCGGUCGCAGAUCCUAUUUUGCUAAUAGGUCAUAUAGGCAAGCAAAAAUAUGUUCAUUUGCAGCAGCGUGGACAAGGAAUGCUGAGCGAUAUCCAAAGCAAAUGACUGUCAUCAUCUUACAACACAAUCGAUAUCAUCAUUGAAUGCUCAGAAUACAAUCAAUUAUGCCUUGUCUUGAGGAUGGCGGGUUUCCUGGGUGAGCUGCCCCAUUUUGAGGCUAUGACGCCCAACUGCGGCCUUCUGUGUCCCGGCCAUCAACUUUGUGGAUGCAGUGGUUGUCUGCGCGGAUCGUUACGCGAAAUAGGGCGCCUGCUCUGGCCCCAAAGUUCCCGGGUGGCAAGAUGUGACAAGGUGCCUAUAAAGCUGGCCUUAUUGUGUCUAACUUCGGACGUCUUGCCGUUGGCAUGCCGGGGCACUGCCUACCGAGGCCUUCCGGACAGCAAAGUCAAGUCUCGGGCGCCCCAGGUAUGCCUCAGCUUGGAAGGCACUCGAAUGUUAUUCAGGCGUGGACUUGAUGACAAUAAUGGACUCUGAAGGCGGACGUGAGACAGCUGGCAACUGGCUGACAGUCUAACAUCAUCCGUGGAUUCAGCGCAUCAUACGCCUGCUUGAGUCGUGGCACGUUUUGCAAGAUCUGCCAUCAUCUUACAAUGGGAAAGUCAUCACGACGAAUGGAUGUUGGAAUCCUCCUAUGGGAGAAGUAUCCAGACCAUUUUGCAGUCGAUCCGAAAAAAGAGACCCACACUGGCAGGUCAGAUGUUUGGACAGUUACGGAGAGAAAGGGAAGCUUAACAUUUGCAGAGAAGUGGCAAGGGGGGUUGGCACAAAGGAAUCGAGGAAUGGGAAUCUGCAUGGGAAAUCCUUGGGCGGCUGUGUAGCAUGACGUCCUUUGGUGGACGCUCAUGAUGCAAGUGAUCGACGAGGCUGUUGCGGAACUCCAGGAUGCUCCCAUUCCCCCAACAACACAACCCUACCGCAUCAUCGGUGGUUCUAACAUGCAAACGAAGCCUGGUGGGUGUUAGGUCGGUACGAGUAGUUUGAAAAAUCUCCAUUCACAUAUUCUCCCAAAGAAUACAGAUUAACUGUUACCCGCUACAAGCAGUGAACCAUCUCCCCCGCUCACACUUGAACCACUCUCGCUACGAAAAUCUAAAACAAUUCACUGAAAUACAAAC